AUGAACAGCAACGAUGCCAAGGAGUAUCUAACGCGAAGGGAAAUCCCUCAGCUUUUCGAGAGCCUUUUGAAUGGAUUGAUGUGUUCUAAGCCUGAAGACCCAGUAGAGUACUUGGAAAAUUGUUUACAGAAAGUCAAGGAGCUAGGUGGCUGUGACAAGGUGAAAUGGGACACAUUUGUCAGCCAGGAAAAGAAGACCUUACCUCCACUCAACGGAGGGCAGUCACGGAGAUCCUUUCUAAGAAAUGUGAUGCCUGAAAAUUCAAACUUUUCGUAUCGGCGAUAUGAUCGGCUCCCUCCAAUCCAUCAAUUCUCCAUAGAAAGCGACACGGAUCUCUCUGAGACUGCAGAGUUAAUUGAGGAGUAUGAGGUUUUUGAUCCUUCUAGACCUCGACCGAAAAUCAUUCUUGUCAUAGGUGGCCCAGGAAGUGGAAAGGGUACUCAGAGUUUGAAAAUUGCAGAACGUUAUGGAUUCCAGUACAUUUCAGUGGGAGAAUUAUUAAGAAAGAAGAUCCACAGUACCAGCAGCAAUAGGAAAUGGAGUCUGAUUGCCAAAAUAAUUACAACGGGAGAAUUGGCCCCACAGGAAACGACAAUUACAGAAAUAAAACAGAAAUUGAUGCAAAUACCUGAUGAAGAGGGCAUUGUUAUUGAUGGAUUUCCAAGAGAUGUUGCUCAGGCUCUGUCUUUUGAGGACCAAAUCUGUACCCCUGACCUCGUGGUGUUCCUGGCUUGCGCCAAUCAGAGGCUCAAAGAAAGACUACUGAAGCGUGCAGAGCAACAGGGGAGGCCUGACGACAAUCUGAAAGCUACCCAAAGGAGACUAAUGAACUUCAAGCAGAAUGCUGCUCCAUUGGUUAAAUAUUUCCAGGAAAAGGGGCUCAUCAUGACAUUUGAUGCAGACCGAGAUGAGGAUGAGGUGUUUUAUGACAUCAGUGUGGCAGUUGACAACAAGUUGUUUCCUAACAAAGAGGCUGCAGCAGGUUCAGUUGACCUUGAUCCAUCCAUGAUGCUGGACACUGGAGAGAUCAAUGAUACAGGAUCUGAUUAUGAAGAUCAGGGUGAUGACCAGUUAAAUAUAUUUGGAGAAGAUACUAUGGGAGGUGUUUUGGAAGAUUUGAAGAAGUGUAAAAUUAUCUUCAUGAUUGGUGGCCCUGGCUCUGGCAAAGGCACACAAUGUGCAAAACUGGUGGGAAAAUACGGAUUUACACAUCUCUCAACUGGUGAGCUUCUGCGUAAUGAACUCACAUCAGAAUCUGAAAGAAGCAAAUUGAUCAGAGACAUCAUGGAACGGGGAGACCUGGUGCCCACGGGCAUCGUUUUGGCACUUCUAAAGGAAGCUAUGGCAGCCAAGGUCAGUCACACCAAGGGCUUCCUGAUUGACGGCUACCCUCGAGAAGUCAAGCAAGGGGAAGAGUUUGGACGCAGGAUUGGAGACCCACACUUGGUGAUCUGCAUGGACUGUUCAGCAGACACCAUGACCAACCGUCUUCUCCAGCGGAGUCAGAGCAAUCCACAUGUGGACGACAACACCAAGAACAUUGCCAAGCGCCUUGAAACCUACUACCGCGCGUCCAUCCCUGUGAUCGCCUACUAUGAGACAAAAACACAGCUUCACAAGAUAAACGCAGAGGGAACACCAGAGGAAGUUUUUCUUCAAGUCUGCACAGCAAUUGACUCUAUUAUCUGAAGACAAAAAUGCAUGUAUGCCAAGGAGAAUGGAGACAAGAGAAAAUAUUCAAGGUCCAUCCCUUAAC